CUGUCGACGGGGUGGUUCAACAAGAAAUCUAGGUGUCUCAACUUCAUCAACAUUCAUGGUAAUGGAAGGAUCGUUGGGGCCAUGGUGGUUGACGAAUGUGACUCCACCAUGGGGUGUGAUUCUGAUCAUGAUUACCAGCCGCCUUGUCCGAAUAACAUCGUCGACGCGUCGAAGGCGGUGUGGAAGGCAUUGGGUGUGGCUGAGAGUGACUGGGGAAAUCUGGAUAUAUUCUGGUCUGAUGCUAAUUGA